ACAAAGACUCAAACACCGCUCUGUCUUCCGGAAAGGAAAACGUUUACUCAGAGCCCGAGCCCUCCGUUCUCGCCCACGCCCCUCCUCCUCGCGCCAAUGUCGUCGCGCCUCCGCCUCGCCACCACCGCCGCCUCCUCGCCGGCGCCUACACCACGCGCUCCCCACUUCGCCCUGUCCGCCGCCACAGAACGCGUGCACUCCGGAACGCUCAGCCCGGAGGACGCACACCACCUGUUUGACGAAUUGCUGCGCCAAGGCACCCCCGUCCACGAGCGCUCUCUCAACGGCUUUCUUGCCACGCUCGCCCGUGCGCCGCCCUCCGCUGCCUGCAGCGAUGGACCCGCCCUUGCCGUCUCCCUCUUCAACCGCAUGUCCCGAGGCCCCGGCCCGCGGGUGGCCCCGCCCACAGUCCACACCUACGGCAUUCUCAUGGACUGCUGCUGUCGCGCACGGCGCCUGGACCUAGCAUUUGCCUUCUUCGGCCGUCUCCUCAGGACUGGCCUGGGUGUCAAUGUCAUCACCUUCAGCAGCCUCCUCAAGGGCCUCUGCGACGCAGACCAGGCAGACGAGGCUGUUGACGUGCUCACUCGCAGGAUGCCCGAGCUGGGAUGUGCGCCUAAUGUUAUCUCAUACUCGAUACUUCUGAAGAGCUUCUGCAAUGAUAGGAGGAGUCAGCGGGCGCUCGAGUUGCUCCGGAUGAUGGCUGACAAAGGAGCUUGUGUUGACGUGGUUGCAUACAACACGGUCAUCGACGGUUUCUUUAAGGAGGGUGACGUUGCUAAAGCAUGUGAUCUAUUCCAUGAGAUGAUGCAACAGGGGUUUUCACCUGAUGUGGUGACUUAUAACUCAAUUAUUGACGCGCUUUGCAAGGCCAGAGCAUUCGACAAGGCAGUGGUAGUCCUUCGGCAGAUAGUUGACAGAGGUCUUGUACCAAAUGCUGUCACUUGGAACACACUGAUGGCCUCUCUUUGCAAGCAUGGAAGAAGCAAGGAAGCUAGAGAUAUAUUUGACUCCAUGGCUAUGAAGGGACAAAAACCUAAUAUCAUCUCUUACUAUAUUAUGCUUCACGGGUACGCUACAGAAGGAUGCUUUGUUGAUAUGACUGAUCUUUUCAAUUUGAUGGUAGGAGACGGUAUUGUACCUGACCACCAUGCUUUCAACAUACUGAUCAAUGCAUAUGCUAAAGCUGGAAUGUUGGAUAAGUCUAUGAUUAUCUUCGAAGAAAUGAGGCAGCGAGUGAAACCUAAUGUGGUCACUUAUUUGACAGUAAUAGAUGCGCUUUGCAAGAAGGGUAGGAUGAGUGAUGCUCUCAAAAGAUUUAAUCAGAUGAUUGAUGAAGGAAUUGCACCCGAUGUAGCUAUCUACCGGUGCCUGAUUCAGGGUUUUUGUACUCAUGGUGGUUUGGUAAAAGCCAAAGAGUUGAUUUGUGAAAUGAUGAAUAAAGGUAUGCAUCCUGACAUUGUGUUCUUCAGUUCAAUAAUAGACAGCCUUUGCAAAGAAGGAAGGGUAAUGGAUGCACAAGUUAUUUUCAAUUUCAUUAUACAUGUUGGUCUGCGUCCUGAUGUCAUCAUGUUUAGUUCACUGAUCGAUGGCUAUUGUCUGGUUGGGAACAUGAUGGAAGCAUUGAGAGUACUUGAUGCUAUGGUGUCAGCUGGCCUUGAACCCAAUGUUGUAGUUUAUGGUAUACUUAUUAAUGGCUAUUGUAAACUUGGAAAGAUUGAUGAUGGAUUGAACCUUUUCAAGGAAAUGUCACUUAAGGGAGUUAAGCCCACAACUAUUACGUACGGCAUCAUACUGGAUGGGUUAUUUCAAGCUGAGAGAACAGUUGCUGCUAAGGAAAAGUUCCAUGAAAUGAUUGAAAGUGGAAUAGCAGUGGACAUUGGAACAUACAACACAGUUCUUUUUGGACUUUGUAGAAAUAAUUGCUCUGACGAAGCAAUCGCACUUUUCAAGAAAUUACAGGCAAUGAACGUGAAGAUUGAUAUCAUAACUCUCAAUAUUAUGAUAACUGAAAUGUUUAAACUUAAGAGGAUUGAAGAAGCUAAGGAUCUUUUUGCUUCUAUCUCAGCCACUGGGCUGGUGCCUUCUGUUGAGACAUACCAUCAAAUGAUGACAAAUCUUAUUAAAGAAGGGUUGCUGGAAGAGGCGGACAAUGUCUUUUCAUCUAUGGAGAAUGCUGGUUGUGAUCCCAACUCUCAACUGUUAAAUCAUGUGGUCAGGGUGUUACUGGACCACGGUGAAAUAGUCAGGGCUGGAACAUAUCUGUCUAAAAUUGAUGAAAAGAAUUUGUCACUUGAAGCUUCAACCACUUCGUUGCUAAUCUCUCUCUUCUCAAGGAAAGGGACAUGUCAGAAAAACAUAAACUUUCUCCCUGCAAAGUAUCAGUUUCUUGCUGUAGCUGGCUGCAGUUGAUACGUUAUAUCUGAGCUCAGGAUGUUGACCAAGGUGUUUAACGUAGUUGGUCGCAUUUUGAUGUAUAAUGAAAGACUUCUGAGUGGGAAGGUAUACACGUGUUUUUUUUCGCAUGAAGCAUAAUGAAUCUAUGCAAUCUGUUCGAGCAUGCACCUGCCACCUUGAGAACAUUCCCAGUGUACAUUUAUAUAGAUGAUAUUAAUUAAACAGGUAGUUUGCCUCA